GGUGGCGGUCCAAAACGUGGUGAAGCUGCUCCGCACGUUUAUCUCAUCCCUGUGUCUUAGAACCCGGCUGGCUGUCAAAACGAAGUCGAUCAUUGGUGAGAGAACCCUUUGAUUAACCCUCGCAAAGGAUGAUUGCUUCUGAAUUACGUUACCACUGCGAGCUAGGGGGAGUGGAUUUAAUCCACGCGAAUGAGUGGUAGCUGGUGCUAGACGUCUGAUCGAGAAUCCUGUCCCGGAAGUGUGAGAAAGAGGAGAGAGGGAACAUGAUGAACACACCGAGAGAGCAAAAUGUUUCCUUCUGCUCCGUUGAAUUGCUCUUAACAAGACGUAUCUCGUCACAUGCCGCACACGAUAAGUCCGCUUCGCCGUACGUUUCAAAUCGGUAAUUUCAUAUCUUUUCGUUUGCACGGAAGACGGAACGCGCGUUGGAUCGAAUCGAAUUAGAUCGUUAGUCAAUUGAUUGAUGUGCUUCAUCUGAGAAUUAGUGCAUUGUGCGGUGUGUAUAUAUGCGUAAACACACAAUCGACUGUGACACGAUGAUCCGUCGCAUACGUUUUAUCUUCAGAAUCAAUCAUCUCUGAAACACCGACGGAGACGGGAGAUAAUAUCAUCUGUGCACGUGUACAACGGAGAUUGAGUGGAUAAUUUCAAAGAGAUCUCGCGAAACGAUGACGAGGAACAUGAAGACGAGGAUGAUGAUCAUUGGCGCGAGUUCCAACUGCUGCGCAAGGCGUACAUGCGAUAGAUGGUUACGCUGGAUCAUCGUUGUCCUCUGGUGCGUCACGGUGACCUGCAGUUCAAGAAGCAAAUAUAACAAGCACAAACCUCAGAGUCUCAAAGGUCUGAUCAACAUGACGCAGUCGUCUCAUGUGAACCAGUGCAACCUAGAUCCGAAGUGCGACUGGUUCUGGAACGAAACCAAUGGUUUUAAGAAACACGAGGCGCAACCCUCGGACAUUAAUGAUCCAACCAUGAGAUAUCCGACCACGGAUGCCAGCAACUCUUCGCACGGACACUUUCUGUGGUUUGAUUCCGGUCCCGGACACGUUCUUAUAUGGUCUAAGUUUCUAACUCGACCGAACUGCGAAAUUGAAUUCUGGUCGUAUCAGUUGCAAAUGAAAGGUGGACACAUAAAUCUCAUCUUAGAAAGUAAUAGCACGACCUUGAACGCGGUGACCUUGUUAGGAAAUGAUAAAGCUAAAUGGGAGAAAUAUUACUUUAAGCUACGCGAAACCGAUACUGCUUACAAAUUAGUUUUAGAGAUCUUUGUGCCCAGCAAUAGCUCAGGAAUUGGAAUCGACAAUAUUCAACUUAAAAACUGUAUCAAAGAUCUUACGUCGGUCAAUGUCACUUGUACGAAGAACAUGUUUUAUUGCAAAAACGGCACUUGCCUGAACAACACUCGAAUUUGCGACUUCACGAAAGAUUGCAUGGACGGCGAGGACGAAGAGGAGGCAGAUUGCGACAAGAUACCCACGAACGCCAGAUGCAACUUCGAGAACGGUUGGUGUGGAUGGGCAAAUGUUCCUGGGAGACCUUUAAAUUGGACUCUCAACAGUGGUCCCACACCGUCCGAAAAGACCGGACCGAGCUACGAUCACACUUAUCGAAAUAAAACAGGAACGUACGUGUAUGUGAACAUGGCAACUAAAAUUAACGGCAAGCCCUCCGAAUACGGCAGCCGAGGCACUAUUCAAAGUACAUUGUACAAUCCGACACCACCUUACAGCAGCGAUCGUAAAAGUCCUUACUAUCACUCAUGCCAAAUACGCUUUUUCUAUCACAAGUACGCACCGACUAGCGCGUCUCUCGGUCUCUUCUUGGUUCAGGUAAAACCGCACGAAAAUAUCACCGAAAAGUUAUGGUGGUCCUAUGGAUACGACAUGAGGGACGCUUGGGCGAGCGCGGUAGUUUCUCUACCUGAAAUAAAAUAUAGGUAUUAUUUACAAUUCGAAGCGGCCAAAUCGUUUUCCGGAAAAAGCGAGGUGGCGAUUGACGACAUUUCCUUGAGUCGAGAAUGUUUCGCCAUCGGAGUUCCGAAGGAAAUAGUUAAAGACUUUGAUUAUUACAAUCCCAAUAUAGAACACGAAAAAGUACUGCCGCAAUAUCCGGAUUUUUCAAACAAGACAGUUAUUCGAGUCACUACUUGCGGAGCGACCGGCAGAUUUGGUCCGACCGCCGAGCAAUGCGCUGGAAAGUACAGUAACAAAUCUAAUGUGGAAUUCGUUGCGCCGACAUCGAUGUUCGAUCAAAAGGACGCGCCAGUCUUUAAUUUGAGUGGAAUUCAACGCUGGACCGCGCCACGUGGUGAUUAUUACACAUUGAUAGCCAUUGGGGCACGAGGAGGAAGGGGUUCGAGUGGCAAGGGCAUUAGUUUGGCUGCUCUUGCUCGCGGUGUGAUAGAGCUACAAAAAGGUGACGAGCUGUACUUCAUGGUUGGUCAACAAGGAACGGACGCGUGUCACAAAAAUCUCGGCUUGCGGAUAAGAAGUUGUACGAGACCAAACAACACGUCGGAAAUGCACCGCGAUGCGUCCUCGACGGUGCGACAAGUGCAGAGACUCGAGUUCAAGAAUGGCGGUGGCGGUGGCGGUGGCGCAACUGCUAUUUUCAUGAUUAAAGCUAACGGCGAGCUAGAACCUAUAUUGAUUGCGAGUGGCGGCGGUGGUUUGGGUCCAGGACCUUCUACGGACAACGGACUACAACACGGAUACGGUCCUUAUUCUAAAAAACAUAAAUUUCUUAAUAUAUCUGCCAAAGACAGAGGCGGAUAUGGUGGCGGUUGGAAUACAACGUGGGUCAACAAUUCCUACAGCAACGUCGAAGGAAUGCCACUGAUUCACGGUGGUUUGGGAGGAAUCGGUUGCGAAGUGUCCGAUAGUCCAGUCGAUGUGUACAAUUACGGAAACGGUGGUUUCGGUGGGGGUGGUGGCGGUUGCCACGCAUCAGGAGGUGGCGGCGGUGGAUAUUACGGCGGACUAACAACGGAUAUCGGAAAUGGUGGCGGUGGUUAUUCGUACGCCAAUCAGAGGCUCUUGCACGUUACUUUCAAAACAAGAAUUCAUUCUGGUUCGGGUGAGGUUACCGUUAUACCUGCGAUCAGCGGCUGUGGUUGUAAUUAUCGUUGUAUCGCUCUCGAUCGAUUUCUGUACGCAACCGAGUGCCUUUGUCCUCAGGGUUGGUUUCUCAGCAACGACUCCAGGUCCUGUGUCAUGAUAGACGUUACAAACAUUGAACAGCAGACGUACAUGAUCCUACUUAUACUCGCAGUCACUAGCCUUUUCGCCAUUACCAUAAUUGGCCUAAUAAUAUAUUACAGACGCUAUCGAAAUAAUCAACCGUUUAUGUUUCGCGGCCAAGCAACGUCUAGCAACGGAACGGAAUUGACCGCUCUACGUACGGUAUCGGAGACAAUACUGACCGAAUUCAAUCCCAACUACGAAUUUGCCGGCAAUCUUUACAGCUUUAAAGAUUUGCAACAAAUACCCCGGGAGUGUAUUGUAUUGGUGAAACCGCUUGGCCAGGGCGCGUUUGGUGAGGUUUAUCAGGGCAUAUGCACCUACCCGUCCGACGACGAGGGACAACCUGUCGCUGUAAAAACGCUACCGUCUCUAUCCACGUCUUUGGCGGAGGCUGAUUUCAUGAUGGAAGCAUUAAUAAUGAGCAAAUUCAAUCAUCCGAAUAUAGUCCACUUUAUCGGCGUUUCGUUCGAGAAGCAUCCGAGAUACAUCAUACUCGAAUUGUUAGCAGGAGGCGACCUGAAAAAUUUCUUACGCGAAGAAAGACCUCGAUCGGACCGACCCACAACACUGACCAUGGUAGAUCUUAUUAUGUGCGGCUACGACGUCGCGAACGGCUGCAAAUAUCUGGAGGAGGCGCGUUUUAUACAUCGAGACAUAGCCGCGAGAAAUUGCUUGCUGACCACGAAAGGACCGGGACGUACCGUCAAAAUCGCUGAUUUUGGGAUGGCGAGGGACAUUUAUCGAAGCGACUAUUAUAAAAAGGGCGGCAAGGCCAUGCUGCCCGUUAAGUGGAUGCCACCUGAGAGCUUCUUAGAUGGCAUAUUCACUACGAAGACCGAUGUCUGGGCCUUCGGAGUGCUUCUUUGGGAAAUCAUGUCGUUCGGUUACAUGCCCUACACCGGUUGCGCGAAUCGAGAGGUCAUGUCUAUGGUGGCGUCCGGCGGUCGUCUCGAAAAACCCCCGGGAUGUCCGGAUCCUAUUUACGGGAUUAUGACGCGGUGCUGGCACCCGCGACCCGAAGACAGACCGAAAUUUUCCACUAUCGCCGAAAGACUCGGCUAUUGCUUGCAGGAUCCUGACGUGGUGAAUCAUCCCACACCGAAUUUCGAUACAUUGCCGAUCUGCGAUCGGGAUAUAACAACAAUCAUGAGACCAGACCCGGAAGCGGAAUGCAUCAACGUUCAGACCAAUCACGACAGAUGCGGAAACACGCAACCGGUAGUCAUGGAUCCUCUGUCCAUUGGACUUUAUGUGGAUCAAAUUGUGAACACGACUUAUAACAUGGAAAAUCGAGAGUCAAAUAAAAACAACGACAAAUUGUGCGGCGGAACGACCGCCGAAAUCAAGAAAAAGAAAUAUCAACAGGAAACAUUUAGCUACAACAGUUUCGAUCAUUUUUGCAACAAUCAUGAUAACCACGAAACCGAGACAACCGACACUUGCGAGGAGGACGGGCAAGAGAUCGACCGAUCGGAUCAGCAAGACACCAAGACAAUACACUCCAGCACCAUCGAAGAUUGCGACAAUAUGGAUAACAGCAAUGAUUGCUCGGAGGAAAAGCGUCACCUAAUUAGCACUAAUCACGACAUGAUAAUAGAUCACAAGAUUGACAAUGAUAGUACAACGACUAGCGAUACGAAUUCCGACUCUUUGAUAGUGCAGUCUUCGGACACGCCGCCCGACGUGACAACGAACUCAUCGCCUAACACGGGCAAUUGCUCACCAAGUCGUAUCGCAAGUCUGAAUGCCAACGUCAACAAUGAUGACGAUGAGGAUUACAGCAGCAGCAACGAUCAGCAGGAACAACCUCAGCGGUGACGAUAGACGCGCUAAUCACAGAAAACUAUUAUUCUCGCAGGCUUCAGCGCUUUUAUAUAAAAGCCUGAUAACACACAAACUCUCGCGCGUCAUUUCCUAUCAUACUUCGAAAGGACCGUCCUGUAAAACGAGAACACAGGAAACGCCUCUUUUAGGCCAAAUGGUUGUAUUAAAAAAAAAAAAAAAAAAAAAAAAA